AUGGCUUCUGAUUGUGAUUCAAAAUCAACCCAAUGUUUUUAUGAAGUAGAGAUUAAAAACAAUAUAACUAUAGUUAAAUUGUCUGAGUCAUUUAUUGAUGAAAUAACAGAGGACCAGCAAAAAAAGUUAGAGGAAUUAGAAGAGGCAUUUGCUUAUCGAUAUACAGAUGAAGAUAAAGAUUAUGUUGCAAUGAAACCAUGUAAAACUCCGCCGUUAAUUCCUUCUUAUAGACCAUUUUCCAAUCGUAGUUUCAAUAACAAAUUUAGAGGAUUCAAAAGAAGUAGGGAUGACGGCUCAAGCAAUAAGACACCAUAUAAAAAAAGUAGAUAUUAUAAUGAUUAUAGAAGAUAG